UAGGUCGGUUGAAAGUCGAAACAAUCCCUCUAUCGGGGAUAGAACACUCGAUUCGAAUCCAGGCACACAUAUUUUUCGUUACUGCUCCCAGCCAGUCAAAUAGCAAAACAAAACCAAUUUUGAGUAAAUUUCGUAUAAAUUACUGUAUAUAUUCCAUCAAAUAAGAAACAACAACCAUUUUGAUUUCAAAAACCAAUACAGUUUCGGCAAUAUAGUUCGCCUUAAUAUAACCGUUGCUAUACCCGCGUGCCCAAUGCAGGCGACCGGCAGGACUACCGGACGAGGAGGCGUGGGACCCAAUCGGGCCAAUGCCGCUCCCAACGGAAAUCGGGCCAUCUCCAACGCCACCGCCACCGGGGUCACAUUGCGUUCCAAGUUAACGGCGCCUCUAUCGACGCACACGACGGGAACACGCAAAACUGUUCACGGCGGAGGGGGCGAUGGAGGAUCCGUCGACGGUGCGGGCUCGGCUUGGAAGCAGACAGGCCGCCGUCUUGGCGGCAAUAGCAGCGCCGGUGCCGGAGGUAAGGGUAACGCCAUCCACCGACUGGCCCAGCCCACCAUAGCCUCAUCGCUGAGGGCCACCAACAAUCGCCAGCAACGAGGAACUCAUCCCAAUGCCCAGCUGGAACGAACCAUUGCCGGGGGCAAGAGCAACGAAAAUGUCCCGGCAAAGCCACCCAAACGUCGGGUGAUGUCCGCUGCGGCCAAGCAGGCUGCCCGGGAACGGUUGUGGCCCUCCAGGCCGGCGGGUGGCAGCACCCACACCUCCAAUCUGCGCAAGGAGAAACUGGCUGUGGCCGAAGAACCCAAAUCCUUGGAUGACUACGAGGCCAUGCUGAGAGAGGGGGAGGGCGAGGACAACGAAGAGCCAGCCCAGGAAAUGCUCGAGAUGGGAGUACAAACCAACGAGGCCGAGAUCCUAGACCACGAGCUUCUCACCGGCAGCGUCAAGAUGGUGACUCCCUCGAGGCGACUGUUGGAGCAGAUAGAACGCGAGCGGCGCGAGACGAAGGCCAAGAUUGAUCGGCAGUCGGUGCGGAGGUUUGCACCUCACGAGCAGGACGAGGAGCUGCACUUGGACGAGCUGAAGGAGUACUCCGAGCGGAAUGCCGUCACCAAGCGGGCACCCAAGAAGCCACCACCGAUUACAUAUUCCACCUACGACAAUCAGUACCAGAACGUCUUCAAGUCCAUGGAUGACUUCUUCUCGAGGGAGAUUCCCAAAUCCGAAUCGGUGACCAACAUCCAGGAGAGAAUCAGGCGCAAGGAGCAGGAGCUGAUGAGUCUCUUCGACGACGUCGACUUAAAUGAGUAAUAGCUAGAGAAGCUUCUCAAGGCUUCAACCCAAAAUCAAUUGUUAUCCCGGAGGAGGAGGAUAAUAUUUCAAAUUAUAAGUGUUUAAAGACUUGUACUGGUGCUGUGGAUUAUAAUUAUUAUAUUGCAUUCAUUUCCAUCGAUUCUAAAA